CUGUACUGUCCGCAGUCUCUGGUCAUCUCCUGUACUAUGUCCGCAGUCUCUGGUCAUCCCUGUACUGUGUCUGCAGUCUCUGGUCAUCUCCUGUGCUGUCCGCAGUCUCUGGUCAUCUCCUGUACUGUCCGCAGUCUCUGGUCAUCCCUUUACUGUCCGCAGUCUCUGGUCAUUCCUUUACUGUCCGCAGUCUCUGGUCAUCCCUGUACUGUCGGCAGUCUCUGGUCAUCCCUGUACUGUCCGCAGUCUCUGGUCAUCUCCUCUACUAUGUCUGCA